AAGUAUGAAGUGUGCAGCAAGACGAAAGAAGAAAAUAGUUUGUUCUACUAUAACAAGAUUGUUAGUCCAGAAAUGCAGCUGAGUCAUGGAAACUGAGGAUCUGCAGCCUCUAAACACAAUUUGAGGAUUUAUUUCAAGUACUUUUGCUUCUCCAUUAGAUAUUAGGGAUUUUCUUUCUGAGCUGUCAUGUUUAACUUGACUGUUACUGUGCCCAACAAGUUUUAACCUCCUCCAUGACAGUAAAAUCCCUACUCAUUAUUAUGAAGGCAAAUACUGAGACUAAAAAAGAAUGUUCUAUAUCCAAUGGGAUUAAGAAGGAAAGGACAGUUUUUUGAUACUUAUGUGGCAGUUGCUGCUGCUUAAAACUGAUGCCCCUUAAACACAGAGAAAUCUGGGUUGGAAGAGACCUCUGGAGGUCCAACAGUCAAGCUUGAAACAGGACAGUCUUCAAACAGAUUGCUCAGGGCCUGGUCCAAACAAGUUAUGAGCUUUCUCCAAGAAUGGCAAGUCCACAGUGGUGUUGGGAAUUUGGUGGUUUCACAGGGUAUUUUUUCCAUGCUGUUGCAAAGCUUAGCUGUGCUUUUUGGAUUUCAGAAGCCAGGAGUGUUGCAGUCAGUGCAAGGAUGACAAAGAGGCAGCCAAAGUCAAUUGUAUGGCAGGAUGCAGUGGAGUUUGUAAGCAAGCAGAGGUGAGGAGCAUAACUGGGCUGCAGCUCUGUUCCCAGUUUGGCAGAGGAAAUGUACCCUCUUACACUGAACUGAACGAUUAAGAAAUUGCAGCCUCUCUCGCCACCCCUUUUGUGUAAAGGGUCCUGCCUGUAAAAGCAUGAAAAUGCAUCCUCCUGGAUUGCUGUUUUUCUUCUUAGCAGCAUGCUUCACUCCCACAGCUGACUGCCAGAGUCAGAAGUUAAAAUCCAUGCGAUGCAAUGUCAAGACGAUGUUCACCUUGAAUACAGCGUGUACUUCUUGUGCUGCAGUGCCUAAAAUGUUGUGUCCAAGAGGCUGGUUAAAGACCACCCAAAGAUUAGGAGUAAGGGACUGCAGAUACUCUGUCAAGUUAGGAGAAAAUACCCUUUCCCUGACAGGGUGCCAUCACAUGUGUAAGAAGGAAAUUGAGGAGAGAAAGUGCUGUCCAGGAUUCUGGGGUACGGAGUGCUAUGAGUGUCCAGGUGGCUCUGAAAAUCCCUGCAGUGGUCAUGGGACAUGCUUGGAUGGUAUACAGCAAAAUGGGACCUGCAUCUGCAAGGAGCAGUACAGUGGGUAUGGCUGCCAGAAUUGCCGAGAUGAAAAUCGCUUUGGCUCAGACUGUCAGUCAGAGUGUGACUGUGUGCACGGGGAAUGCAACAGCGGCGUCGCUGGGAAUGGGAGCUGCACGUGCUAUGGAGGCUACACGGGCCCCCGGUGUGACCAAGAGCUCCCCCUUUGCAAAGGUGUGACGUGUGAGGCCAACAGCAAGUGUGUGGUGAGGGAUGGGACAGCCGUGUGUGACUGCAAGCUGGGCUACAGAAAACAGGGCAGCACUUGCCAAGCUCAGGAUCCUUGUACUCCUUCUCCAUGUUCCCCCUUUGCUGCAUGUAAAGCUCUUGGAUCACGAGCGUAUCAAUGUACCUGCAAAGAAGGAUUUCAAGGAGAUGGAAAGAUUUGCCAGCCCAUCAACCCUUGUGUUGACAGCAAUGGAGGCUGUCCAGAAAACUCUACAAUUUGUGUUUACAGACGUCCAGGAGAGGCAACUUGUAUUUGCAAGCCUGGGAUGAGUAGGAGAACUCCUUCAUCCGAGUGUUUGGCACUUCCCAGCGAUUGCCGGCAGUAUCUUUGCGACGUGACUGCCACGUGUGAAAUUAACUCUCAGGGGACUCCUAGCUGUGUGUGUAAAGAAGGGGAGAUUGGAGAUGGGAGAAGUUGCUAUAAAGAUCUCUUGGGUGAGAUAAAUCAGCAUAAUUUGCGAGGAAGAUUUACUAGGAAACUAAACGUCGCCAAGAAAAUGUUUGCUUCUGGGUGCUCAAUGUUGCUGACUAAAUAUGGGCCCUUCACAGUCUUUGUACCAUCCCUUCUUCCCAUUCUUGAUAGAAUGGAAUUCAACGACACCACUGCUGAGCGGCUGUGCAGAAUGCACGUUGUUCCUGGUCUGCAUUUGAUAGAAGACAUGAUAAAAGCCAAGACUAUGUGGACCUUGUCAGGACAUCAGCUGACAUUCACUAGCCAGACAUACAUCAAAUCUUUCCGGUACCAAGACCUGCCAGGGGAACUGUACAACAUCUUGCAAUCAAACCUCCCAGCAGCCAAUGGCAUCAUACAUAUUGUCAACAGCCUCAGGAAAAAAACCAGCACUGACAACCUCAGAAACUCACAGAAAACCAUUGGUGAGAUUCUUGCUUCAAUGGAGAUCUUCAGUAGAUUUGAAACUAUACUGGAGAACUGUGGCCUGCCUGCAAUACUGGAUGGACCAGGCCCCUUCACUGUAUUUGUACCCAGCAAUGAUGGUGUGGAUAGGCUGAGAGAUGGAAGGCUCAUUUAUCUUUUCACAGAGGGCAUAAAUAAGCUUCAGGAGCUGGUGAAACAUCACAUCUACACUUCAGCAGCGGUGACUGUAGAGCAACUGAUAAUGAUGCCACACAUUGUUACAAUGGCUAACCAGAUACUGACCAUCAACAUUAGUGCAGAUGGAAGAAUUCUGAUGGAUGAAUCAGGGAUCCCCUUAAACGUGAGAGACAUUGUGGCAACAAAUGGUAUCAUUCAUACUUUGGAUGGCAUCUUCAUCCCUCCUUCAAUCGUUCCUAUUUUGCCUCACAGAUGCAAUGAAGAGCAACAUAAGAUUGUGAUGGGCUCUUGUGUGGACUGUGAGACUCUCAACAACAGCAUUUGCCCACCUGGAAGCAAGGAAAUGGAACCAACACUCUCUCCAAAGGAAUGUGUUUACAUCCAUGAUCCACAAGGCCUGAAUGUCCUGAAGAAGGGGUGCGCCAGGUACUGCAAUCAAACCGUCACGAAACCUGGAUGCUGCAAAGGGUUCUUUGGUCCAGACUGCAUGCCAUGCCCAGGGGGAUUUUCCAGUCCAUGCUAUGGCCGGGGAAAUUGCAGCGAUGGCAUACAAGGGAAUGGCAACUGUCACUGCUUUGAAGGUUUCAAAGGCACAGCCUGCCACAUCUGUGCAAACCCAAACAAGCAUGGCGAGAACUGUGAUGAAGAUUGUGCCUGUGUCCAUGGUGUCUGUGACAACAGGCCUGGCAGUGGGGGGGUGUGUCAGUCCUGGUCCUGCAAGGAAGGCUACACUGGGAAAUUCUGUGACAAGACAUCCAAGAACUGUGGCCCAAGUGGGCUGUCCCAGUACUGCCACCAGCAUGCUGUCUGCAGCCUCAAUGACACAGCAAGGUGCAUCUGCAUGGAUGGAUACGAAGGGGAUGGGUUUUCCUGCCAGCCCAUCGACCUGUGCAGUCAGCCAGAACGGGGAGGUUGUUCACAGAACGCCCUGUGCACCAGUACAGGACCUGGCACUGCCACCUGCCAGUGCAAUGUGGGCUGGACUGGGGAUGGGAAGGCCUGUGUGCCCAUAGACAACUGCAUGCUGGAGAGCAGAGGGAACUGCCACCUCAACGCCGACUGCGUUUACAUCGGGCCUGGACAGAGCAAGUGUGUCUGCAAGAGGGGUUAUGCUGGCGAUGGCCACAGUUGUGAUGCAAUCAACCCAUGCCUCAUGGACAAUGGUGGCUGCCAUGACCUGGCUACAUGUGUACCCCUUGGUGGAGGAGAGAGAUCCUGUGUUUGCUCUGAAGGCUACAUCGGAGAUGGCAUGAUGUGCUAUGGGGACAUUCUAAAAGAGCUGGCCAGGAAUUCCCACUUUGCAGGCUUCUACAACUGGAUUAAGAAAUCUCUCUUCAGCAUCCCAGCAGGAACCAAUGUCACUGUCCUGGUGCCAUCAGAGGCAGCUAUCAAGAACUUGAGCAAUGCUGACAAAGAUUUCUGGUUGACCCCCUACACCCUGCCAUUUUUAGUCAGAGCCCACUUCCUUGAAGGUGUCUUCACUGCUGAAAAGCUCAGAAAGUACGACAGGCCAGAAUUACCCACUCUCAACCCACAGACCAGAUGGCAGAUAAACACCACGAGUGGUGUAUUGACCAUCCAGAAUGCAAGUGUAGUUGUCAGUGACAUCCCUGCCAGCAAUGGCAUUAUCCAUGUCCUCAGUAAGGUUUUGUUGCCACCCCCAGGAGAUAUCCCACCGAGCCCUCCAGGUCUGCAGGAACAGCUCAACGCAGUGGCCUCGUUCAGCACAUUCAAGGAGUUGCUAGAGGAGUACCAGCUCACUGGGAAAGUUGAGUCCUCUGAACAAUACACAAUUUUUGUUCCUGGAAAUAAUUCCAUUGAGGAGUACUGCCAUGCUGCCAAUGUGACCCAGCUGGACAAUGAAACAGUGCAGUACCACAUUGUACUGGGAGAGAAGCUCUUGCCCGCGGACUUGAGAAGUGGAAUUCAUAAGAACAGCAUGUUAGGCCUCUCCUAUUGGCUAAUGUUUUACCAAAACAACACCCAGAAGUUUGUCAACAAUAUUCCUUUGGAUGGAAAAUCCUUCGAGACAAAGAAUGGCAUCCUGAUCGGGGUGUCCCAGGUGCUGCAGAUCCAGAAGAAUCGCUGCACUGCCAAUACCACCACCAUACUAAAGUCAAGGUGCGGCAAGUGUGAGAAGGGGAUCAAGUGUCCUUCUGGAUCAGUUCUUGUGGAACCUCCUGGGAGUAGAAAUAUGGCUCACUGUGAUUUGCGCUCUGCGGGUACAAGAAUACUUGGCUGCCAUUUCACCUGUGCAAAAGUUUCUCUGAGGUCCGUCUGCUGCCCCGGCUACUACGGCCACAUGUGCGAGAUGUGCCCUGGGAAGCCAGGCCAGUGGUGCUCCGGGAACGGGGAAUGCCAGGAUGGCAUCCAGGGCAGUGGGGAGUGCCGAUGCCUGGAGGGUUUCCAUGGCACUGCCUGUGAGAUGUGUGAAGUGGGACGAUACGGAGCCGACUGCAAAUCAGAAUGUGCCUGUGACAACGGCAUUUGUAACGAUGGACUGCGAGGGGACGGGAGCUGCGAGUGCUUCCCGGGCUGGACGGGCCCUACCUGCCAAGAAAGAAUCAAGAUUGACUUAUGCAAUAACACUUGCCAUCAAAUGGCCAACUGCCUCAACAGUUCCACAGAUUCCCUCCCUACCUGCUUCUGCUCUGCUGGAUACACAGGGAAUGGGACCCAUUGCACAGAAAUAGAUCCCUGCACUAUUGACCACGGUGGCUGCUCCGUGCACGCUGUGUGCACCAAAGUGUCCCCAGGAGAGAGAACCUGUGUUUGCAAGGAAGGCUACGCUGGUGAUGGGACACUCUGCAUGGAAAUUGAUCUCUGUCUCGAAAGCAAUGGGGGCUGCCACACCAAUGCAGAGUGCAUCAAAACAGGCCCAAAGAAGGUCGCCUGCAACUGCCUGCCUGGUUACAGUGGGGAUGGUGUGAGCCAGUGCAACCCCAUCAACUUGUGUGAACAGAACAAUGGAGGCUGCAGUCCCUUUGGGUUCUGCAAGUACACGGGCCCUGGCACUCGCAACUGCUCCUGCUCCUGGCACAGUGUUGGAGAUGGCUUCACCUGCCGUGGCAAAGUGCAUCAGGAGCUCGGAAGGAUUCCAGAUGCAUCCAUGUUCUUUAGGAUGAUACAGGCAGAAAGCAUCAAAGAACUCAGUGGGGCAGGGCCUUUCACUGUCUUCGUCCCACAGACAGAUUUCAUAGGAAACACCACAGUGUUUCAGGAGUGGAAGAGCAGAGGUCUCCUCCGGGACCUGCUUCGCUACCACAUGGUGGGCUGCCAGAAAUUGCUCUCCAGUGACCUGGAAGGCCAGGAGUCCCUUACAUCUUUAUCUGGCCACAAAAUAAAGAUCACAGUGAAUGAGAAUAGCAUCACUCUCAACGAGGAAGCCAAAGUGGUCACGAGUGACAUUGUGGGUGUGAAUGGGGUCAUUCACUUCAUCAGCAAGAUCCUCAUCCCCAGUGACCUGGUGGGCCAUAACAUCUCCUCAAAGCUCUCACGGCAGAACAUCACAGACGUGGCCGAGGCCUUUGGCUACACCAUCUACAGCAAGCUGCUGCAGGAUGCGGAGCUGCUGCCGCUGCUCGGUGACCCCGUGCACAGACCCUUCACGCUGUUCUGGCCCACGGACGCCGCGUUCAGCGCCCUCCCGGAGAGCCGGCAGAAGUUUCUGUACCGCAGAGAGCACCGGGACGUGCUGGCCUCCUUCCUCAAGGCACACAUGAUCAGGGACACAAAGAUUGUUGCUGGUAACGUGCCCCAAGUCAAAACCAUACGGACCAUGCACGGCUCCACCAUCUCAUUCAGCUGCAGCAAAGCCCACGUGGGGGAGAUUGUGGUGGGGAACGGCGAUGCCACCAUCACCCAGAGGCACAUAGAGUUCAAUGGGGGCAUUGCUCAUGGCAUUGAUAGACUGUUGGAGCCACCUGAUCUGGGAUCUCGGUGUGAUGAGUUCACCUUUGUUGAGCUGCAGGCAUCUACAGAGAACUGCGGACUCUGUGGCUUCGAGCCACCCUGCCCUGCUGGCUCUGUUCAACGGGGGGAAACCAGGCGCUGCUACUAUUACGGAAACCACCUGCUGAGGAACACGUUCCUGUUCCACCGCAACUCCAUGCUGCGGCCAGUGUGGCCACAGUCCCCGUGGGACCCCUUCAGGAGACACUUCUCUUCCAGGGGGCCUCUGAGACGAGGCUGCAGGAGGAGCUGCGUUUCCAGCCAAUGGGUCCCACAGUGCUGUGCCAACCACUAUGGCCGGGAGUGUCGGGCAUGCCCAGGAGGGCUGGAGGCGCCGUGCAACAACCGUGGGACGUGUGACGACAAAAUCAGCGGCUCAGGGAUCUGCAACUGCAGCCAGGAGUUCAUCGGGACGGGCUGCGAGCUGUGUGCGCCCGGCAGAUACGGCCCGGAGUGCCGAGAGUGCAACUGCACUGAGAACGGUGUGUGCAAUGGAGGCCUGCACGGUGAUGGCUUCUGCUUCUGUGCCGAGGGCUGGACUGGGGACCGCUGUGAAACCAGACUGGUGGUGACACCCACCUGCUCCCCCCCGUGCCACGCUCAGGCUGUCUGCCGCGCCGGCAACCUCUGCGAGUGCGACCUGCACUACGAAGGGGACGGGAGAACAUGCUCAGUGAUCGACAUGUGCAGCCAGGACAAUGGGGGCUGUGCCAGGCACGCACAGUGCUCACAGACAGGCGUGAACGUGUCCUGCACCUGCGGCCCCGGCUACAGAGGUGACGGCUACAUCUGCGAGCCCAUCGACCGCUGUGCCGACGGCAGGAACGGGGACUGCAGCCAGCACGCCCACUGCAUCAGCACCGGCCCGAACGAGCGGCGCUGCGAGUGCAAGCGGGGCUACGUCGGUGAUGGGAUCCAGUGCCUGGAGGAGGUCGUGCCCCCUACGGACCGGUGCCUGGAAAACAACGGGCAGUGCCAUCGGGAGGCCAUCUGCACUGACCUGCACUUCCAUGAUAAGACCAUGGGUGUGUUUCACCUGCAGUCACCCCGAAAAAAGUACGACUUCACUUACGAGCAGGCUCAGGCAGCCUGUGCUGCAGAAGGUGCUUCCCUGGCCACAUUCCAGCAGCUGGCAGCAGCACAGCAGAUGGGAUUCCAUCUGUGCUUGGUGGGUUGGCUGGACAAUGGCACAGCUGGAUACCCCACAGCCUACCCCAACCCCAGCUGUGGGUCCAGCCAUGUGGGCAUUGUGGACUAUGGCUCCCGAAGCAACCUGAGUGAGACCUGGGAUGCGUUCUGCUACCGGGAGAAGGAUGUGACCUGCACCUGCCGUGAUGGGUUUGUGGGAGAUGGGUACUGGUGCAGCGGGAAACUCCCUGAUGUGCUUGCAGACCAGGACCGCUUCUCCACCUUCUAUUCUAUGUUGCUCAAUUUUGCCAAUGACACAGAAGAAGGACUGGAUUUUUUCAUGUAUUUGUCUGAUGCCUCUGCUCCCAAAACUCUCUUUGUCCCUCUGAAUUCUGGCUUUGCAGAUAAUGAGACACUGACAGGAGAAGAACUGAAGCUCCACGUGUCAUCCAGCAAUGUUGUCCUCUUCAGUUUCAACCUCACGACGGGCACCAUCAUCCCAUCCCAGUCAGGAUAUGACCUCCAUGUCUCAGACCUCCCAGCCAGCAACAGUACAGAGCAUGCAGACGCCAAGGGGAUCAAUGACACGAUGAUUGUGGAGUGGGACAUCAUAGCUUUCAAUGGCAUCAUUCAUGUGAUUGCACAGCCACUGAGGAUCCCACCGCCCGUCGUUCACCUUGGCCAGGUGAACGGUGCGCAGGGGUCGGGCUCCGUGGCCACGGGGACGUUGUCAGCGCUGUGCUUCGCGCUGGCGCUGGCUGCGGUUGCCGGCGUCGCCUACUACUGCGUGAGGAGGCGGCGGCAGCAGGGGCAGUUCGGGUACUACCAGGCCGAUCUCCGCGCGGACGAGGAGCAGGAGGACGAGGAGGACGAGGCGGGGCCCCGGCCGGAGCGCGCGGGCCCGCGAGCCGCCAGGCCCCGCCCGCAGCGACCGCUCGUGGCCAUCCCCAACCCGUUGUACGGCGGCCACGCCCCCGACUACGAACCGCUGCACGACCCGCCCCUGGCGGACGCCGGCACCGACCCCCGCGGGUUCCUGCAGUGACCCCGCGCGGCCCCGACCGCGCCGCGGGGAAAUAAACAGCUCAGCGCCACCGGCUGUGCCCGCGCCUGCCUCGCCGCCGCAGCCCCGGCCUCCCACCGCCCGCCCCGCCGGUACCGGCCGCCCCCUGCAGGUGGGAGCUCCAGCCCCUUCUCGCCCCCGCCCAGCGCUUGUCAUGGCCCCGUAGGAGGUGAUGCCUGCCCAAGCCUCCAGCACCCAGGGCCCAGUUCAGCUGCUCCCAGGGACGUACGGCGCUCAGUCUUUGCGUGCAACAUCCCCCGGGGCCCGCCGGACCUCGCUCCUGUGCUCUUACACUGCCCCAUGGUCAGGUACGAGUCACAUCAGUCACCGCCCCAAGCACCCCUUCUGGCCCCCCCGGGUGGCCCCUGCCUGUAGUGCCGCUGUAAGGGCACCGACUGCUCCGUGCUGACCGCCUCAGCCUCGGGCUGUCUGAUGCCCACCCCGGCUUCAGCCCAAGCUGCCGUUGGUCGUGCCCCCAGGGCAGGCAGAGGAGCCCCACCGAGCACAAGGAGCGGGUUAGUCCAUUAGUUACACAUGCUGCAGACAUUUAUUGAGCUACACACUACACACAGCACAAAGACAAGUGGCACAUGCACCUACUACAGCUGUUUGAUUAGAACAGCCACGUUAACAGAUUGUCCAAGCCACUGAGUUGAGCAAAAGGCAUCUUGAAAGUCUGCGACAGGCUGGCACAUGGCACAAAGACAAGGCAGUGACACACAAGUGACAGACUGACAGGCCAGCCUGGCAUGGUACUGGGGAGUAACAUGCAGGAGAAGAUUUUUUUUGUGUGUGUGUCUCACUGAGGGUUGCUGACACACGCAGCGCCUUUCUCUGAGUCACGGGUUCUGGCACAGGGGCCUCCACACGGCCCUGGUUUCUCUCCCUCAGCUGCCCCCACACCGACACCCCCAGCCCCUCCAGCACUUACCACUGCCCAGUGCUCACAAACCCCUGGUGCUCACUGCCAGACCCCCCUUUCUCUGUUCCCUCUCUCCUCCCUCUGACCUCAACACCAACUGCCCCUGAACAACUCCUGUUGCCAUCUACAAAUGUGCAGCAGUGAGAGGAGGAGGAGGAGGAGCACGGCAAUCAAUGUCUACCCCUUCAUCCACUUGCCAUCAUUUCCCACACACCAACCAGCUUUCUGAGGGCAUGAUCGCCUGUUUCUCAGGGCCAACCUGUAUCGGAGUGGCACAAACUCUCAACACCCCCUCUGUACCUCACCUGCCCUCUACCCCUCCCCACCACCCUGCAUGGCCCUGGGGCAGUCUGAAGCCUGGACAGGACCAGCAAGGUCCUGGGCCUGGUGCAGAGCCCACUUUCUGCACCUCACAUCCUAAAGCAGCUUUCACUUUCCUGGGCCUCCUUUCACCCCUGUCCCAUCCUAUAGAUUCUGGCAUCAUUAUUAGCAUCUUUUUGCUCUUCUUCCUGCUGAGGUGGCAUCCCAGGGCUUUACCUGGCCACCUUCCACAGCAGCACUGCACACACACCCCUUCCCCAACCAUCCUCACCUGCCUCUCCAGCCACCUUAGGCCACAUCUCAGCAAAUCCAGGUGGAAGGCCACUACCGCUGUUGCGACCUCUGCACCUUCCCUGGAGGGCUGAACACAUCCCUCUGCAACUCACAACAGACCACACCACAGCAGUUGCCAAAAUACUGAUAUCAUACGGCACCAAACCCAAAAAUACCAACAAUGCACAGCCUUAAGCUCACUCAAAAGCCAUCCAUGUCCCCAAACAGUAACUUUGAGACCCUGUGACCUACUCCCACGCCCAAGGCUUGCACAUCCUGCCCAGUUACCUACCAGAGUCCCCAGCUGGACAGACCAGUCUGGUGGGGAGCGGGAUGGGGGCUAAAGGCUGCUGGACAGGUAAUGCUGCUGAUGUUUUGUCAUGUGAUGCACUCACUGAUGGGCUUGAUUGGUUGCCCAGCUGGCAGCCCUGACCCUCUCUGUCCAUCUGCAGUCACUCAUGCUGCAGUCCCAGGCUCUGGGGGCAGCUAUAGACCUGACACACCUUGUCACACCUCCCACGGGUUGUUCUCACCAAGCACUGGAGACAUGGAGCUCCAUGCCUCAGCCACUUGUGUGGGCACAGAGCAGGGAGGGGCAGUGUCCCACCACCAGCAUUGGCCCUUCCAUCUCACCUACUCCUAGAGAGGACUCCCUGCACAAGCACCCAUCCUCUGUCCAGCCUGCAGUGCACUUCAGGGAAAGGGAUGGAGCCAGUGAAGGGAGAAAAUAAACACACCAUCUACACACAUACUCAAGUGUCAAACGCCCUUUAGUGGUAGACAGAGGUGCUGCUGGCCGAGUGGCCCGGCCCCACUCCAGCCCCGGCUGUGCUGCUGCCGCCUGCAGUACCUGCCCUUCACCGGAUGUGCACCAUCUCCUCCAAGAAGGGGGUUUUCAUGCAGCCCGUGCAGAGCUGAUCCAUCCAGAGCGGAGCCUCGUGCUGCAGAGGGGUGCGCCGGGGGUAGAAGGUGAAAUUCACGUCGUAAUUGAGCAGGCAGCUGAUGGAAGCCAUGUAGAUGUCAGAGAAACGCACCAGCCGGCGGGAGAAGUACGUGGGGUUGUGGAAGGUGCGGAAGAUGCUGCCAAACUGGGGGUUGAACAGGUUCUUCGUCAGAGACCUGAGAAAGAGAUGGUGCUCUGUAGAUAAAACUGUGGUCACAGAUUCUUCCCAUUCCCUUAGCCCUGGGCCACCCCACUCCCUGAGCAUUAGGGGAUGACCCCAAGUACCCAGGCCCCAAGCUGUGAUGCAGACCAGUCCCUGUGCAGUGAGAUGCAUGAAUAUUCAGUGCACUCCUACUCUGUUAUGGGCAGUGGCAGGAGCUGCAGUAGCAGACAGCCCACCAACUCCUCCCAACACUCCCCUUUCCCACCCUGCCUUCAAACCAGUCCAACCUCCCAGGCUGCAGGACUGCACUGCUGCAUGCCCCCCACCCAGAGGCAGGUGACACCAGGCAGGACUAGAGUCCCACAGCUGCAGUACCAUUGUCCCCAAAGCAGGUUACAAAAUGGACCCAAUGCAGGCCUGGGAGCCCCUAAGACAUCUCACGUGUGAGGGGGGAAAAUGCUCACCUGAUCUCCUGCCGUUCCUUCAUCCACUCCAGCAAUACUUGCUUUGACUCUGCAUCCUGAUACAUCUGCAAAGGCAGCAGCAGAAAGCACGACAUCCAUCAGUCCUGCAGGCCACACCUCAGCUCCCUGCAAUUUCUACUGUAACUCACAAACCCAGAGCCCACUGCACCAGGAAGAUGAGAUAUUUCUGAGAACCAGGCAAGAUGGUACAUCCCCUCAUCCCUGUGGCUAAACCCAAAAUUCAGACUCAGAAGGCAGCAUAGAACCUGUCCUGCUCAGGCAGGAGCUGUUUACCUGCAUUCUCUCCAGCAGCCCUGUCAGAGCCUGCUGCCAGGUCAGGGAGUGCAUGUACUGCUCCGUGUUUAUGAUCCGGAUCUCCGUCUCCAGUUCAGGAACGAUGGCUCCAGUCCUCCAGCCAUGACGCAGCAUGAGGUCCUGGAGGUCAGGGUGAAAAAACAACCAAGAAUUCAACAUAAAGACUGAAAGCCAAACACAACCCCAGUUCCUAGAAGAGUGGGUUUGUUCCCAUUUUGGAUUCUCAGGGGACAGCCAUCCAUGGCCCAUGCCAGUAACAACCAUCUCCUGGUCACCAGGAUCAGUUGCAUGAAGCACCUAGAAAGGUGGGAUCAAUACCGACUGCUCUCAAAUGCACAGACUUUACCCACAGGAAGUACUUCAGGAACCCUUUCUCCAGUGCUUGCCUCUGUCUGAGAGCAGUGGGGAAGCCUGUGUGUCCUGUGGGGGGGGCAGCCAGCACAGCACAGCCCUGAGCUCUCAGAGCAGGCCCUGCCUUAUCUCCAGCCCAGCUUCAGCCACAGCAGCCAUGGGGGAUUGCUCCCACCUCGCUGGAGAGCAGAGACAUUUCACUCACCGCAAGGUCACUGUACAGAUGGUCACCAAAGUAGAGCACCUUGGAUCCACGCCAGCCCGUCAGCCUCAGGAAAUCAAAGAGGUUGCCCUGCAAGUGACAAGAGCACAGAGUGAAACGUGGGUAGAGGCCACCUCACCACAUGCAGGUCUGAGCAGUCUCAUGGCAUGUCAACCUGCUCUCUGCCCCACCAUCUACACCCAGAGGUUUCUGUCCUUCGCCACCUCACUUCACUUUCUUCCCAUGUGACAAUCCCCUGUACAUUCCUCAGCUUUUUUAAUGCUAGAGGAAACGACAAAAACUCUUCCAAAGAGUUUUUGCAAACAGGGAAUUCAGGGGAAAUUCUGUGGUCUAGGGCACAGCAAAUCAAGAAGACAACAUGGUCUAAAAAGGCAAUAAAAGGAGGCAGUUUAGAGGCCAAGAGACACCUAAAUUAGAAAAGCCUGAGGAUGGGCAAAGAGAACCCAAGGUGUUCUGGGUUUAGAAGUUGUUAGUCUCAGGUGAUAAUGAUUUCACCUCACAGUGUGCACUGAGCACUGCCAGGCAAGGCUUUUGGAGGCAAGAGCUGUUCUACAUCCCUGAUGACCAUCCCCACCCCAAAGUUUAACAACACCCACAUGUCCACAGGAAUUGUUUAAUCAAGCCAAAGAACCAGGCAGCCUGCACAGAUUCACUGCUGAGUAAAACAAACCAAACCCCAAUGCACCAGCUAAAGCACAGCACCAAGCAGCUUUCAAGACUUUCCAAACAUCCAUACGUGCACAGAAGGCACUUCAGGGCCUACCCUUCCAUCUCCACAUAAGUUUUCCACAUGAGUCAUGAAAACAAAACCCACUAGGGAAGGAAAAGGCCUCAUCAAUGCCAGCACAAGCAGUCAGUGCAAACCCACAAGCCACUCAGCAGCAACCCCUCCAGCCAGACUCCAGUGGCAGGACAGAGCCAGCACCCCCAAGCACCAGCCUGGCCAGAAAGCCCCCAAACACAAGGCAGCCCCCACAGCAGCCACUGGCAGCUGGCUCUAUGCACAGCUAAGGCUGCCCAGAACCAGGGUGCUGGGUCUUCCGUUCCUGCAGCAUCCCUGGAGCUGAGUAGACCUCCCUUAACAGCACAGAAACACAGGACCAGGCAGCCUCUGCACUUCCUGGACACACAGGAAGCCAGGAAGAGCAAGGAAAUGGAGCACAGCCUUAGAAGGAGGACAGUCCUCUGCUGUGCUCCAGUCACCUCAAACAGCAGUGGACCUGACAGCCAGGAAACUUGUGCUUGGAGCUCCACAGAGCCACAGACCUGUUCUGAGACCUCCAGGUCCUGCCCUCCUUUCCCCCAAGAUCACAGACCAGGAGAGGGGCAGGAGCACAGAUUUGGCACAUACAGAAAAUACCACGUCUGUUGGAACAGAGGGACUAGAGGUCAUUGUACUUCAGCUUCCCACUCCCUAGGGCAAAACACCAAUCCCUGAGGUCCCAUUCAUGGGACACCCACAGCCAAAAAACUGCCAUCCAGCCCUGCUUCAGGGCACAGAACAGCUCAGAAGCCUCUGGCAACACCACCAGCACACUAACGUGUGGUCCAUGGCCACUAACACUUGCCAGAAAGAAGCAUAUUGUGGCACUUCAAGAAACCAAAAAUCCUGGAGACAGGGUGGGCUACAACCAGGAUACACACUCUGUCACAUCCUAAGAACCACAGUUAGGCAACAACGUUAAUGCAGUCAGAUAAACAUCAUGGUGGGGAAGAACUGGAGAGGAGCCCAAAAUCCUACUCAGCCCACUUUCUACCUCAUCUUUUCCCUUCCUCAGUGCACCAUUCACUUGGGUGAGCAACCUGUGGCCACAAGAUGUUGCUGGGUCAGGAGCAGGAUUUAAUUCAGCAAUAAACUCCAUGGGUGAGGCGUGCCUUUUCUCAUGAGGGAGCUGCCACUGGGAAUGAGCUUUACUUGCAUGUUCCCAGCUCCUAGCUCUUGGCAGAGUGCGGGACACUAGCCCAGCACUUUGGCAAACCCACCAGACAAGAGGCUUCCCAAUAGCACUACUCGAGGACAUGACCUACUUUGCUCCCACAGGUCAGGUCCCAGCUACUUGACCACAAUCUCACUAACAGUUUCUUCCCAUGGGAUUGGACAGCUCAAAUAACCAAGAACAAACUGUCCUAAAGCCAGAGGCAACUUGUCCCAGCGGACAGACCAGCUGCAAGGACAACACCCAGGGCAGCAAGUUCACCAGAGCUGCAGCUCAUCCUUCGGACAUGCUGCUCCUUCCAGGAGGGGAGAGUUGGACCCAGGCUUUGUAUCCUCUUUCAUGCUUUGUACCCUAUUUGAUCACCCUUGUUUCUUUAUUCCCUUCUACACAAGUCCACCUUUUCCAACCUUAUGGAGAACAAUUUGGAGUGAGGUGUGGAAGAUCUUUGCACGCACAACAGGUUUCAGAGAGCUGUGCCUUCUUAGCCUCAACUACCACACUCUUGGGAGCCCAACCAGGACAAGAGUUUCAGGACCAGGACAUCAGAAGAGCUGAGGGAAAGGUUCACAAUUGGCCAUGCUGGACAAUGUCAGAGCAGAGCUCCCAAGGUGAAGGUUUCAUUCUACAUGGGGGCAGGGGACAUUCACUGGCCCCUCCCACAGAUGCAGAGGAUGUUUCCCUACCACCCCAUCUCACACUUUUUCCAGUGAUUUCCAAAACUGAAGGCAUGUUUUAAGUCCCCACCAUUUCAGACUCCUGCUUCACACCCUUUAUGUACCCAUUCACUUUACCUCUUUGUAGAUCUUUCCCUUCUCCAGCUGGUUUAUUUUGUCCCACUGCAGUGAGCCUUUAUCAUCCAGUUUUCGAAAAGGUCUGGGGAAAAAAAAGGGGGAGAUGUCAACUUCUUUUGAUUUUUGAUGAUUGUUACCCAGCAACCAGAACAUUUGAAUCACAAAACUUGUUUACCUAUGUAAGAACUUGAAAUAAAAGCUCUACAUGAGUUCUAAGUGA